AUGGGAAGUGCAGAUGAUGACCAUUUGCCUAAAAAGCAAACACAUAAGAGUAUUAAUGAUCAAACCAAGUACAAGCUCAAAUUACUAGUCCUCAUUAUCCUAACCAAUCUUCUUACUAUUUACAUCUUCACUAGCCCUUCUCUCAACUUGCAUCCCAUUUCCAAGUACACAACUAAUUCUCUUUUCCCUGCAUUUGAUUCUACUUCCCUCUUGCAAGAGCUCAAUGCCACUAAGAAAGAACUCGAAACGAGUCGAUCCCAAAUCAUAGUUUUGCAUCAGCAGCUCAAGUCUACUAACCAACUUGUCACUGAACUUCUAGCUCAACUUAACCUCCUUAACCAGUCCAUAAACAGGACCACGGAUUCCAGCUUGCUAAACUUCAAUGAUCUUCUUGAUGAUUUGUCAAAUGAAGCUAAGCUUGGUUUAGGCCCUCACAAGCUUCCACUCGGGCUCUCGCCAAGAUCAGGGACAGAUGAGGUUUAUCCCUCUGUUGGAGGAGGUUGUCUGAUGUAUAAAGAAGAUUUAGCACAGUACAUGACAUAUAAUGUUGGAAAGGAGUGUCCUGUUGAUGAUGUUUUCGCGCAAAGGCUAAUGCUCAAGGGCUGUGAGCCACUUCCAAUAAGGCGCUGCCAUCCUAAAGCGCCUUCUGGUUAUGUCGAACCAACUCCAUUGCCAAAAAGCCUGUGGUCUACACCACCAGAUACAAGUAUUAUUUGGGAUCCAUAUACUUGUAAAAACUACAGUUGUUUGAUAGAUAGAAGAAAGUUUCCAGGAUUCUAUGAUUGUAAAGACUGCUUUGACUUACAAUUUAGAGAGAAAACAAGGUGGCAGUUUGACAAUGGAGGUCUUGAUUUUGGAAUGGAUCAGGUUCUGUCAACAAGACGUCAGGGCACAAUCCGCAUUGGACUUGAUAUAGGAGGAGGCGUGGGCACGUUUGCUGCUAGGAUGAAGGAAAGGAAUGUAACCAUUGUCACCACUUCCAUGAAUUUGGAUGGUCCAUUCAACAACUUCAUUGCAUCCAGGGGCUUGAUAUCGAUGCACGUUGGUGUGUCCCAGAGGCUUCCUUUCUUCCAGAAUACUCUGGAUAUCGUGCACUCUAUGCAUAUUUUGAGCAACUGGAUCCCGGAUACCAUGCUUGAGUUAAUUAUGUAUGACAUAUACAGAGUUCUGAGACCAGGAGGACUGUUCUGGUUGGAUCACUUCUUCUGCCUGGGAACACAGUUGAAUGCAACUUAUGUUCCUAUGCUGGAGCGCGUUGGAUUCAAGAAACUGAGGUGGAAUGCUGGCAUGAAGCUUGAUCGAGGGAUCGAUAAAAAUGAGUGGUAUUUCUCUGCUUUGUUGGGGAAACCAAUGUCCUAA